UCUACUGCUACCUGACUCGCUCUCUCUCUCUCUCUACUAUGUUAUAUUGGAUCAAUCAAAGCAUUUGGUCACUUUUUCAUCAUCUGUAUAGAAUUCUUCAUUCUGGGCAUCCUUUACUCAUUGAUACUAAAACAGAGUCUACUUGACUUUGAUUCUCAUACAUUCAGCUAUGAAGCGGUUCAGUAGUUCAGGUUCUUUGGGUGCUUUGAUCUGUCCAUCUCAAGAGAUGAAUCCGAAGAACAAUGCCGUCGACAGUAGGGAAUUCCAGGCAAUGCUGGAUGGUUUAGAUGAAGAAGAUUAUCUGGAAGAAAAAAUUGCCGGGAAGAAAAGGCGGUUGAGUUCUGUUCAAGUGAAGGCAUUGGAGAAGAUUUUCGAGGUAGAUAACAAGCUUGAGCCAGAGAGGAAAGCAAAAUUAGCAGCUGAACUCGGUCUCCAACCGCGACAAGUUGCCAUUUGGUUCCAAAACCGACGUGCUCGUUGGAAGACAAAGCUAUUAGAGAAAGAUUACAGUUUCCUCAAGUCCAAUUAUGAAGCACUUAGGCUCAAGUACACUAAGCUCCAACAAGAAAAAGAAGCUUUAAUUUCAGAGCUAAGAGAGAUGAAAGUGAAACUUGGAGAGGAAAACACAGAAACAGAGCACUCUGUUCGAGAAGCUCUGUUUUCAGAAGAGAGUUAUAAGGUCUCUCCUACUAGGCCAUGUGGUGAACCUGAGCUAUUAUCCAACCCGAACCAAGAAGUGUGCAACAAUGCAGGCUUGUUAAAAUUUAAAGGGUUGGUGGAUUUCAAAGACGGGUUAUCGGAUAGUGAUUCUAGUGGAGUUCUCAACGAAGAUGGCAAUCUGAAUAAUGCUCAACGACUACUAUCACCGGCUUCGUUUACUCUUAGAAAUGAUUAUUCUUCUUCUUUGUCUUUACAUUCAUCGUUACUGAAUUGCUUCCAAUAUUCAGAAUCAAGAGUGAUUACGGGGAAUGCUGCGUGUGAGCCACAGUUUGUGAAGAUGGAAGAGCAGAGUUUGUUUAGUACAGAGGAGUCCUGCAAUAUAUUCUCGGUUGAUGAAGCACCUACACUUCAAUGGUACUAUACUGGUUAGAAAAACUAGUAAUGUGUAAUGGCCUGUAGUUGAAGUAUGAAGAAGCUAUGAAGAAUUGCAAAAAAUUUGAGGCAUGGAAAUUAAGUUUUUAUGUUUAUUUGAACAAGAUAGGAACUAUAGAAGUUUAGAGAAAUUGAGUGUUUCACUAGGUCAAGCAUAGAGUAGCGACUCUAACCAUUGGUUUAGCCUCUCCCUCCCUCGAAUUUUUUUUAUUCAUAUUUUACACCUAUAAUUUCAUUAAAUUUUUAACAAAAUUUUUGAAUUA